AUGCAGCUGGAGGGAAGCGAUAGGAGAGUAUACCAUAGGAUGACUGUCAACGGUGUUGGGUCGCCUCAACCGGCUACCGUAAACGAUGCAGGCAUAUGCAUACAGCGAAACCCUGACUGUCGAUAUAUUGCUUUUCAUUACAGCGUUAAUUGCUCUUUCUUAAACAGAGUAGUCAUUGGCAAGUCUGGUAAAGGUACGGGCUGGCCAUUGUACAUCGACGGGAUGUUGUUAACUCCGUACCAAUAUCAACGUGUCGACUGGGUGGAAACAGUUGAAGGAGUAAGUGAGGAGGUAUCGAGAUUGAGAGUACUAAAGAUUAUACGAUAUUUUUCUGCCAUCAACAGAAAAGGUAAAACAACAGAAGGCAAUUCGAAGUACACAGUAAGCCACUCUCAACGUCAGGAGAUCAACUCACCUCCCACUGGAUCCAUUACCAAAUUCUGUGCUGCCAUGAAAUAUGUAAACCCAGCCUUCUUAGCCUGUCCGAACCAGACUAGUAUCCGAACGCUCGGCAAAUUACGCAAAUGGUCUGUCGCGCAAAAGAGCCGCAAUGUCGUCUACAGACACCCUGAGCAUCGCCUCAUCCUCGCCGAUGCCGAAACGUGCGGCACGAUGAACCGCCUGCACGAUUUCGUGAACAGGAAGGACGUCCACCGUACCCUUAACGCUAUCAAAGACCAGUCGUGUGCCCAGUUAGCCAGCUAUGCUCAGCAGUUCGGUGACUACAGCGGACCGAUCCGUUGCAUCCCCGGAAGCGGCUUUGGGGAGGCCUCGGCGGCACUUUGUAGGAAAGCCUCGGUGGCCCACUUUGCAGCAAUUGCUGGCAUCAGUAUAGGCCUUGACUGCACUAGAUGA